CGGGUCCGAGCUCCUGCAACUGCGUCUGUCUGUCCGUCCGUCCGCCUGUCUCGCUGUCCUGUCGCCGCGGCGGAAGUUGCUCCCGGCGCGAUGAUUUUGGGUGUCGUACUGGUUGCUUUGGUCGCGGGGGCACAGGGGGAGGCCGUCGCACCCUCCCCCUACCUCGGGUUCUUCGGCUCCUCCGUCCCCGUCGCCUCCAGGCUCGCGUCGACCUCCCAGUACUCCUUGACAGUCCAGCACGGCGCCGUCCCACGUGCAAAUUCCGUCUCAGCGCCCCUCAAGCGUGAGAAGUUGGUGAAGUUCGAUGUUGACGACACCACUCUGUACCGCGAGGACGUGGGUGACGGUCCCUCCACUCACGAGGAGAGCUCCGAGGAGGUCCAGCGGCGUCAGGAGGGUUUUGGCAAGUCUUCAACGCGCCCCUUCCACCCCCGAAUCGAUACUGCUCUUCCUCCGCAGAGGGCGCGAGCGGCAGCUCCUUCUGUUCCUAAGGUGGAGACGCCAGCAGCCGUCCCUGUCGCUCUUCCAGUCCAGGCGCAAGUUGCUGUUGUUUCUCCGGCCAGCGCGAAGGUCAUUGUCCCGGUGGUCCCUGCAGCGGUGUCGCCCUUGGUCACCACCGCGCCCCAAGUGACACUCCAGCAUGGGGUGGUCAAGCAGCAGUUCCAUGCCCAGGACGAGCUCGGCCGCUACGCCUUCGGGUACAGCGGCGGCCCGUCGUCCCGCGCCGAGACCCGCGACGCCCUGGGCCACGUCCGGGGCUCCUUCAGCUACGUGGAUCCGCACGGGAAGAUCCAGUACCAGCACUACGUGGCCGACGAUCACGGCUUUAGGAUCACCUCCGCCUCCAACUUACCACAGCAAAGGCGGAAACGUUCCGCAGAAACCUCAGAGGACCAAAGGGCUACGGAAGUCGACGCAAUAGGCAAGGCACGCUCACAUAAAGCUCAUUCAGGGACCGGAUCUCAGGCUGGCACUGUCAGUUCACCAGGAUUUGCCAGCCACCCAGGGAGCCCAAGUCAGUCACCAUUCGCACUCCAGCACUUCUUAUCCGCCCAACCUAACUCAGUUGCCCAGCCAGCUAACUCGGCUCACUCAGAUACUCUAGCUCAUUUUGGCUUCCCCUCUCAAAGCGGCAUCUUGGUCCGCCCAAAUGAAAUCCAGACAGCUAAUUCGGCACACUCAAAUUUUGCUCACUUGGGACCUGCGGUUCAGACGAGCCCUGGGACUGGUCAGAGUUCCUUGCCUCUCCAUGGCAGCUUUGCUCACCAACAUACCCCGCUUCCCGUAAGCUUUGCGGUCCAGCCAGUUAAUUCUGCCCGCCAAGGUGCCACGUCCUUCCAGAAUGCUGCAUUCCAGGGUGCCGUAGCCACCCCAAGUAACGUAGCCUUCCAGGGCGCAGUAACUAGACCAAGUAGCACAGCCUUCGUAGGUACCGUACCCAGUUCUCAUAACAUACCGUUUCAGAGUCCACUGAUUCACCAAGACACCACAGCACAAUCACAGUUUGUGGCAGUCCCAGGUUCCAGAACAUCUACACUGUCUACUGGUGCUCCCGGCACGGUUGGCUUUCCGAGUACUCACGGUUUUGCAGGUCAGGGUACCGUCUUCGGAAACCAGGGGUCCCUCACCGCACCUGGGUCCUUUACCCCCACUGGCACCCCAUCCUUCCCCAGCGGCGAUGUCGCAAUCUUCGUGGAUUCCGACUUCCUUCAGAGCAGCCGCGGGAUUCUGCAAGGCCUCGGGAGAAUUCCUAGCACCCCGGGAUUUCUGACCUCCGCUUCCGGCACUCCAGGAAUCCUUGAUGUCUUGGGCAACCAGGGUAAUUCCGGCUUUUCCUAUGGAUUCGAGGAGGGUCCUACGUCUGUCCAGACUUUCGGAAGUCACUUCAACCCUGGACGUCAAUAAGGAGGAAGAGCACUAUUCUACCAUAGGCAACUAUGUUAACCUACAUAGGUUACUAAAUCGCCUAAUCUUCCGCCUGUUUCAGAAUCAAAUUUGCACUCGGAGUUGUCUUUUGGUGAACAAUAGUCGUUUAAUAAAUGGUA